AUGUCGACCUCGACUUCUCCCCCGCAGCAGCUCAAAGAUGAGGUUAAGGUCGCCGAGACCAAGCCCGUCAACCAGACCAUUGUCCAGCUGCGUUCCCUAGCAGCUGGUGCAGCUGGUGGUCUCUGUGCUGUGGUCGUGGGACACCCCUUCGACCUGGUGAAGGUCCGUCUGCAGACCGCCGAGAAGGGCAUCUACUCAGGUGCGAUGGAUGUGGUCAGGAGAACUGUUGCCCGCGAGGGAUUGGCGCGUGGAUUGUACGCGGGUGUUACUGCCCCGCUUGUCGGAGUGACUCCCAUGUUCGCUGUCAGCUUUUGGGGCUAUGACGUGGGUAAGACCCUCGUGAACAAGUUCUCCACGGUCCCCGUGAAGCACGACACCCCGCAGUACUCGAUUGCCCAGAUUUCUGCUGCGGGUUUCUUCUCCGCCAUCCCCAUGACCCUGAUCACGGCGCCCUUUGAGCGCGUCAAGGUCCUGCUUCAGAUCCAGGGCCAAAAGACCCUCGCCCCCGGCGAGAAGCCCAAGUAUUCUGGCGGUUUGGACGUUGUGCGUCAACUUUACAAAGAGGGUGGUGUGCGCAGCGUGUUCCGGGGUAGCGCCAUGACUCUGGCGCGUGACGGUCCCGGUUCUGCUGCGUACUUCGCCGCCUAUGAGUACAUCAAGCGGUCGCUGACCCCUAAGGAUGCCGACGGCAAUGUGACUGGUGAACUGUCCCUGUCCGCCGUGUUGGCGGCCGGUGGUGCGGCCGGUAUCGCCAUGUGGAUUCCGGUCUUCCCCGUCGACACCGUCAAGUCCCGCCUGCAGAGCGCCCCGGGCAAGCCCACCAUCGGUGGUGUGAUCCGCUCGGUGUAUGCCAGCGGUGGUUACAAGGCCUUCUUCCCCGGAUUUGGACCCGCCCUCGCUCGUGCAGUGCCUGCGAAUGCGGCGACCUUCCUCGGCGUGGAACUGGCACACAAGGGCAUGAAGAAGCUCUUUGACUAA